CCAGACGAGUUGACCAACGCCUUGGAGAUCAGUAACAUCGUCUUCACAAGCAUGUUUGCCCUGGAGAUGCUCUUGAAACUCCUUGCCUUUGGCCUCUUCGGUUACAUCAAGAACCCGUACAACAUCUUUGACGGGAUCAUAGUUGUCAUCAGUGUCUGGGAGAUCAUCGGCCAGUCGGACGGAGGCCUCUCGGUGCUACGAACCUUUCGGCUGCUCCGGGUGCUCAAACUGGUGCGUUUCAUGCCCGCCCUCCGUCGCCAGCUGGUGGUCCUGAUGAAGACAAUGGACAAUGUAGCCACCUUCUGCAUGUUGCUCAUGCUCUUCAUCUUUAUCUUCAGCAUUCUCGGCAUGCAUCUUUUUGGAUGCAAGUUCAGCCUGAAAACUGAUACAGGAGACACAGUUCCAGAUAGAAAGAAUUUUGAUUCUUUACUUUGGGCCAUUGUGACUGUAUUUCAGAUCCUCACUCAAGAGGACUGGAACGUGGUCCUGUACAAUGGGAUGGCAUCUACAUCCUCAUGGGCAGCACUCUACUUUGUGGCCCUCAUGACCUUCGGCAAUUAUGUGCUCUUCAACCUUCUUGUUGCCAUUCUGGUAGAAGGCUUCCAGGCAGAGGGUGAUGCCAAUAGGUCAGACACAGAUGAGGACAAGACAUCUGCCAACUUUGAUGAUGAUUUUGAGAAGCUAAAAGACCUUCGAGCAACAGAGAUGAAGAUGUACUCACUUGCCGUCACCCCAAAUGGACACCUGGAGGGCAGAGGAAGCAUGCCACCUCCUAUAAUCAUGCGCACUGCUGCCACACCAAUGCCCACACCAAAGUGUUCCCCACACAUGGAUUCAGUGCACACUUUUGUGGACUCAAGGAGAGGGAGUAACGCUUCACUAGACCCCUUGAGCUACGAUCAGAAAUCCUUGUCCAGCCUCCGCAGUUCCCCUUGUGCCAACUGGGGCACCAGCAGCAACUGGGGAAGCCGACGCUCAAGUUGGAAUAGCCUGGGCAGAGCCCCGAGCCUCAAGAAGAAGAACCAGUCAGGAGAAAGAGAGUCCUUGCUCUCCGGGGAGGGCAAAGGCAGCACAGAUGAUGACUCUGAUGAUGCCAAGUCCAGCACGGUCAGCAGGCACUCGUUGCACCGCCGGGCAGAGUCCCUGGACUACCGCAGCUCCCUGGACCUGCCUGAGCUGCUCCAGUUGCCCACCAUGCGCCAUUCGCUCAGUGUCAGCCCCAUGGCCGUGCUGCCUGCCGAGUACCAAGACUGCAACGGCAAGAUGGUUCACGUCCCCAGCGAGUUCUUCCUGCGUGUCGAUGGCCACAAGGAGGAUGCCAUAGACUAUGAGGAUGACAUGGAGGAUAGUUACUGCUAUCGAAUUCGUAAAGUCCUGGAGCCCUACAAACCACAGUGGUGCAAGACUCAUGAAGAUUGGUCCCUCUACUUGUUUUCCCCACAGAAUCGGUUCCGGGUGAUGUGCCAGAAAGUCAUUGCCCACAAAAUGUUUGAUCACGUGGUGCUAGUCUUCAUCUUUCUCAACUGCAUCACUAUAGCACUGGAGCGACCAGACAUAGAUCCACACAGCACGGAAAGGAUAUUCCUAAGUGUUUCUAAUUACAUCUUCACAGCAAUCUUUGUGGCUGAAAUGAUGGUUAAGGUGGUAGCUCUUGGCUUUUUCUCUGGGGAGAACACGUAUCUGCAGAGCAGCUGGAAUGUCCUGGAUGGAGUCCUGGUCUUUGUAUCUAUCAUUGACAUUAUUGUCUCCAUGGCAUCAGCAGGCGGAGCUAAGAUCCUGGGUGUCCUUCGUGUUUUGAGACUCCUGCGGACCUUGCGACCUCUCCGAGUCAUCAGCAGAGCCCCAGGUCUGAAGCUGGUGGUAGAAACCUUGAUCUCCUCCUUGAGGCCUAUUGGGAAUAUUGUUCUCAUCUGCUGUGCUUUCUUCAUUAUCUUUGGGAUUUUAGGGGUCCAGCUUUUUAAAGGCAAGUUCUACUACUGCGAUGGUCCUGAUGUGAAAAACAUCACUACGAAGACCGACUGCACUAACGCACGCUACAAAUGGGUUCGGCGGAAGUACAAUUUUGACAAUUUGGGGCAGGCCCUCAUGUCCUUGUUUGUCCUCUCCUCCAAAGAUGGCUGGGUGAACAUCAUGUACGAUGGUUUGGAUGCUGUGGGCAUUGACCAACAGCCUAUCCAGAACCAUAACCCUUGGAUGCUUCUCUACUUCAUCUCCUUCCUGCUCAUCGUCAGCUUCUUCGUGCUCAACAUGUUUGUGGGGGUAGUGGUGGAGAACUUUCAUAAGUGCCGACAGCACCAGGAGGCAGAGGAGGCUCGGCGUCGGGAGGAGAAGCGGCUGAGACGCUUGGAGAAAAAGCGCAGGAGUAAGGAGAUGUACCUGUCUGAAGCCCAACGCAGACCUUACUACGCUGACUAUUCCCCAGCGCGGAAAUACAUUCACACCCUCUGUACCAGCCACUAUCUUGACCUCUUCAUCACGUUCAUCAUUGGGGUCAAUGUCAUCACUAUGUCAAUGGAGCACUACAACCAGCCAAAGUCCCUGGAUGAAGCCCUCAAGUACUGCAACUAUGUGUUCACCAUCGUUUUUGUGUUCGAGGCAGUUCUGAAGUUGGUGGCAUUUGGUUUUCGAAGGUUCUUUAAGGACAGGUGGAAUCAGCUGGAUUUGGCCAUAGUUCUCUUAUCGAUUGUGGGAAUCACACUGGAGGAGAUUGAGAUGAAUGCUGCACUGCCCAUCAAUCCUACAAUAAUCCGCAUCAUGCGAGUGCUGAGAAUAGCAAGAGUGCUGAAGCUGCUUAAGAUGGCCACUGGGAUGCGAGCUCUCCUGGACACAGUGGUACAAGCACUUCCCCAGGUAGGGAACCUUGGCCUACUUUUUAUGCUCCUGUUUUUUAUCUAUGCUGCCCUGGGAGUGGAAUUGUUUGGCAAGCUGG